AUGGAUACAGAGGAAGGCAAGCAGCUGCUGGUGUGGCUCCCCGCCCCCGCUGAGGGCAGCAGGAACGCUGCGGGGAGGCCGCGCCUCCCGCCCAAGUUUGUCCCUCGGCGGCGCCGGUGGGGAGGGGGCGGGCCAAGAUGGCGGCGCCCAGCUGGCGGCUCACGUGUCCCGCGGCGGCGCCGGGGCCGGGUUCGCCAUGUCGGGCCGCCAGGGAAACAAGCUGCCCAGGGCGGCCGCGGAAGCGGCGCCGGGCCGUGGGCCCGGUUGUCCCGCUCAGCCGCCGCCCCUGUGUGUGCUCAGUUCCUCCAGCAGUACCACCACUACCAGUCCCAUGUGGAGAUCUUCACCUUCCAGCCGGACAAGCCCAGUAAGGAGCUGGCGGAGCUGGUGAUGUUCCUGGCGCAGGUUGCCCACUGCUACCCCGAGCACAUGGCCAGCUUCCCCCAGCAGCUGAAGGACCUGCUCUCCUACCACCACACGGUCCUGGAUGCCGACCUGCGCAUGACGUUCUGUAAGGCUUUGAUCUUGUUAAGAAACAAGAAUCUAAUAAACCCAACGAGUUUGCUGGAGCUCUUCUUUCAGCUGCUGCGGUGUCACGAUAAGCUUCUGCGCAAAACUUUGUAUACUCACAUCGUGUCGGACAUCAAGAAUGUCAACGCUAAACACAAAAACAAUAAAGUAAACACAACGCUGCAGAACUUCAUGUACACUAUGUUGAGAGACAGCAAUCCCACUGCUGCCAAGAUAUCUCUGGACGUGAUGAUUGAGCUUUACAGAAGGAAUAUUUGGAACGAUGCCAAAACAGUAAAUGUCAUCACAACUGCCUGCUUUUCCAAAGUGACAAAGGUAUUAGUUGCUAGUUUGAAGUUCUUUCUUGGGAGAGAUGAAGAUGAGAAACAAGACAGUGACUCAGAAUCUGAGGACGAUGCUCCCACAGCCAGAGAUCUGAUGAUGCGGUACGCAACUAACAAGAAAACCACCAAGCGCAAGAAGAAACUGGAAAAAGCGAUGAAGGUCCUCAAGAAACAGAAGAAGAAGAGCAAGCCAGAGGUGUUCAACUUUUCUGCUAUUCACUUGAUUCAUGAUCCCCAAGACUUUGCAGAGAAACUGCUGAAGCAGCUGGAGAACUGUAAGGAACGAUUUGAAGUGAAGAUGAUGCUCAUGGACCUAAUAUCUAGGCUAGUUGGAAUACACGAGCUUUUUCUUUUUAAUUUCUACCCCUUUGUUCAGAGAUUCCUACAGCCCCACCAGAGAGAAGUGACAAAGAUUCUUCUGUUUGCCGCACAAGCUUCGCAUCAGCUAGUACCACCCGAGAUUAUCCAGUCAGUGUUAAUGACCAUUGCCAACAACUUUGUCACUGACAAGAAUUCCGGGGAGGUCAUGACCGUAGGAAUCAAUGCAAUAAAGGAAAUCACUGCGAGAUGUCCGUUAGCCAUGACCGAAGAUCUGCUCCAAGACCUUGUUCAGUACAAGACUCAUAAAAAUAAAAAUGUGAUGAUGUCUGCAAGAACUCUGAUACACCUUUUCCGUACUCUGAAUCCAGAGAUGCUGCAGAAGAAAUUCAGGGGUAAGCCUACUGAGGCCUCGUUGGAAGCCAGGAUUCAUGAAUAUGGAGAACUGGAUGCCAAAGAUUAUAUUCCAGGAGCAGAAGUACUGGAUGUUGAGACUGAAAAGGAGAAGGGAGGAACCCAAGAGGAAGAUGGAUGGGAAAGUGCUAGUCUGAGCGAGGAAGAAGAUAACGAAGAUGGAGAAUGGAUUGAUGUCCAUCACUCCUCAGACGAGGAGCAUCAAGAAGUAGCAGAGAAGGUGAAAAGCAUGCCCGUAGAGGAACGAAAAGCCAAAGCUGCAGCAGUCAGUACAAGCAGGCUGCUAACCCAAGAAGAGUUCCACAAAAUACGCCUUGCCCAGCUCUCCAAAGAACUUAAUGCUGCACCCGGCAAAGCUGCCAAGAGGAAAUACAUUGAAAUAGAUGACGAGGAGGAGGAGGGCAGGGGAGAGUUGCUUUCGCUCAGAGAUAUAGAACAUCUGCAUAAGAAGCCUAAAUCGGACAAGGAGACCAGAUUGGCAACUGCGAUGGCUGGAAAAACAGACAGAAAAGAAUUUGUGAAAAAGAAAACAAGAAUUAACCCAUUUGCCAGCUCUUCCAACAAAGAAAAGAAAAAGAACAAGAACUUCAUGAUGAUGAGAUAUAGCCAUAGUGUCCGGACAAAAAAUAAGCGGUCUUUCAGGGAAAAACAGCUGGCUCUUCGAGAUGCACUUCUGAAAAAGAGAAAACGGCUGCUGAAAUAACGAACAGUAAAGGAGAGGAGUACUUAAUCACCCUUGAAGAAA